AAAUCACACAAACAAUCAAAACUGCAACAUCACACCAACAACGGCAACGAAUUAAUUCACAAACGCCACGCACACAUACACACCACACAAAACCACACUCAUCGGUGUGCGCAAAAACCUACAGGAAACGAUGACUUCAACAUUUAUGGCCGCCAUCAGAAACUUAGCGAAGCGGAUACACGCAAAGCUGCUGCGCAACUACAAGAAAUCCUUAGCCUGCUGCCUAAUGGCAAAACAGAAUUCACCGCAUCGAAAACAGUCGUGCUGGACACACACAGCCACUCGCCACACACCGGCCCAGGUGCUGAAUUGACAAAUGAGAGCGCUGACUUGCAUACAUAUGGCUUGCAGAAUGAUUUGGGACCACUGGAGUCCCUUUCACACACCGAGUCCAUAACAGCAGCAUAUGGCCAGCGUCCAGGUAAUGGGCCAGAAAAUCCUGCGGACAUUUACCGCCAAAUGGCUAAGAAGCAAACGGCGGAGGAGAUUUACAUACAAAAGCACCCAAAUGAGGGUUAUGACUAUCGGCCAACGAAUCCACCAGCAGCUAGCAAUGGCAAUCAGGGUGGCGGUUAUCACUACAACAAUUAUCAUGCAACAAGCAGCGCGUUGAAAGAUCUGACACCCAUUAUUGCAGCUUUAGAGGUGGCCAAACGGCGUGGUGCCACACAAGCUAAUGUGAGUAAACAUUUUGCCGUUGAGAAGAGCGUCUACAAAGUAGAUCCGCGAACGGCAGCGAAGUCAAGCAAUCAACAAUUCAAAUAUCUGCCACCUUCUGUGCAAAAAACAAAGCAUAUAUACUUCGAUCCAGCGCAAAAUAAGGCUGAUAACGAGUAUAGACCAACAUAUGUGCCACCACCACCACCAUCACCACCACAACCACCACAACGACCACAGGCAAUAGCGUCCGGCUCCGCACCAUCAGCUGCGGUAGCAGCGCCGUCACAUACGUACGCCGCACAACAACACUCUGUCGCAUAUGCAGCUCAACAGGCACCUUCUCUUACCGUACAACAUGCGCCGGCUGCGUCAUCUUCCUCCGCCUCGUCGUCCUCCUCCUCGUCUGCCUACAAGGUGCGACGUCAAGUGCCGUCGGGCUCUUCGAUUACAGCGCUCAAGGUACAGUCCAAACUGGGGCCGUACUUCAAACACCACGACUACGAGAUAAAUGAUCCGCUCAUGUUCAAUCGAAUGUUGUUAUUUUGAAUGAAACGGCGAGGAGAUUGGCCCACCCACACUGGGUUUAAAGGAGCACAACGAAAGCAUUACAAAUUGCAUUUUUCUUAUAUAUAUUUAUUUAUUUAUUUAUUAUUUAUUUAUUUAAUUACACUACAAUUUCAUGUAAAGUAGUUUAAGUGCAUUGCAUUUAUCGGAAAAGUAGUCGAUAAUAAUCGAAACAAAUAUUUUUAUUGUCAAUAAAACCGUCAGUCAUUAGUAGUAAGUCUGAGAAGAAAAAAAUAACAAAAAUAUAUCUACAUAUGUAUGUAUUAACAACAGCAUAAUUCGAUAGAGUGUAUUCAUCUAGUUUCUUAAUUUGAAAGUAUGUAAUUACAAAGAGAUUUUGAUAAAAAAAAAUAUUUAUAUUAAUAUUGGCAUUUAUUUGCGUAUGUCACCCAUCCAUUUUACAUCUGUGGCUCCUAUCGUCAACUCUGCA